CCCAUUAAUCAUUACAGGUAAACAUCAAGAUUUUUCCAUCUCGUUUGGACACAAAUAAUGGUACAAACUGCAUGUAGAUUGAUUUUUUUGAGGAAGACCAAUUUACCAGCACAAGUACUAGUACAAAACACAUUUAUACCUAAUCAUAUAGGAGCAGUUGCGAAAAAUACACUUAUAAACCCUCUGGGGCAGGGGUCGGUCCAAUUAGCUACAGAGUUCAGUUGCUGAUCGACCACAGAUCCAUGAAUGGCAAGUCAUUAUUUUGAAAUCAAAAAGGACCAAUGAUCACAUCUGUAUAAUCGUAAUCUAUAAUUUGUGUAUCGAUUAAUCUUAUUCACGCCGUCUUUAACGACAUCAAAAUAAACAACCAUGCAAUUGAUACACAUUGAGAUACUCCAGAUACUGAUCCAACUAUAACAUCGUCCCUAACUAAUUUGGCUAGUUUUACCGUGUCUUGGCAAAUAUAGAACACGACUAUAUACCCGCUCUAACUUCAUAUAGCUAGGCAGAAUUAACACCCCACUAUAGUUAAAAUGCAAGUUCGUUAAUUGGAAAGCUACUAACAGCAACUUGUUCCAGCUUUCAUGCUGAGACAAAUUAAAAAAUCCAUACUAAAUAUCAAAGCUCUAGCUGUGCAUGUAUAUGAAUUUACGUGUUCUGGAUUUAAAGCAGAUACAUAGGUAAAACGAAUCGCUGCUUUUCUACACUAGAAUCAAGGAAAACUCGCUGGACAAUAAAUCACACGGGAACAUUUUCAACACAUCAUAUCUGUUUUAGAAUGAAACUCAACCUCAACUUGUAUACUACCAGUCUGUACAUUAUAUAGACAGAUCUGAUCAUUGGUCCUUUUCACUUUUUAAAGAAUCGCUUGUCAUUCAACGUUUUAAACCUGAACUCAAUUACGGAACUAAAUCAGGUGUAAAAUAAAGACCUCGUAAUGUGUUUGUACAUAUAAUAUCAAAUAAACUUAAUCUUCACCUAUAAAUAUUGUUGUUAUGUACUAGUAUCAUUCCUAUUCAAUGAGUGAAAGUUCAAUCUGAGUUUCUCUCGAGUUCAUUGCUGUUUUUGAAUAGCUGGUGGGUUAGUGUCGUAACUUACUGUGUGACUACUCACUCUCCAGCCAUUCAAAAACAGCAUUGAUACUCAAGAGAAGCUCAGAUUGAACCUCCACUCAUUGCUUGUGAGUGUGCUUUUAGAAUACAAGCAUAAUAAACACCCAUACUAAGCUUCAAGAAAAAUAUUUCCAGAAUUUACUGUAUGACUUGUUUUUGACUUGAAGAUUUUCUUCUGAAUGCAGGGCAUGAAAUUAGAAAUUUUCAUCACUACCCAUGCAAGUACUGGUAUGCUAGAAACUUAAAAUCUGAUAAACACCCCGGAAAUCUAGUAUCCAACAUAUGGAUAAUAAUAUUCAAAACAGGGCAAAAUGAGUUUUCAGUUGCAAUUAAAUCCAUCUAAUGAAUUAACUAAUAUAAUUUGUAUAUGUAUAUGAAGGAUUCAUAAACAACACAAAAAUACUGUAUCGUGUUACCAAAAAUUUCAAGCCCUAUAGACUGCAUGAAGUCUUUGUGCAUGUCAUUUUUUGCUUCUACAGUCCUCCCUCCCCCAACUCACUACAUGCAUUUCAUAGCAAUCGGUUUUAUACAUUAGAAUAAUUUAAGUCUCAUGAUCAUGCUUGAUUUUAAUAUUUGAUUAACACAUAAAUUAGGAACACAUUUGUACUAUCCAUGUGCAAUACUGUAACAAUUGAGGAAACUUUCUCGUUGUUAACAUGUCUAACAUUUAAAGUUUUAUAUUAAUGUAAAAAUCUAUGUAAUUCAGUCAUUUUGCCUUAUGAAAGAACUGAAGGAGGUGAUAUGGUCCAACAAUUCUGACAUGUCCAAACUAUCAGAUAUUUUUUAUUUGAUUAAUUAAGUCUUUUCAGUACAAGGGAUUCUAAGGAAACUGAAUAUUCUAAAUUAACUUGAAAACAGUAAAAAAUAGUAAACGAAUUAUGAAUUGUAUCAACUAGGUUUAUAGGGAUGAAGAGAAAGCUCUAAAAUUGCUGGUUGGCAUUUUUUUCUGACAUGGAGCAAAUUCGUGAAAUUUCUAUUCAUGCAGCAAAUUAGUGGUGCAUGCCCUGGCAUUUGUUUACUUUCCUAUAUCAAUGUAUUAAAACACAUUAACUGAUUUAACAUCAUUUGGCAAGCCAAAAUGGUGGCGUAGUCAAGCUGUGUGACAAUACAAGGCAAAUGGUUAGCUUAAUUAGUGUAAAAUAUUGAUGGAUAAUUAACAUGAUAUACUAUAAAUUGUUCAGAAUAGUAUUAAAUGUUAAUAAUGAUACCACAAAAUAUAGUGGGGAGAUGUGAUUUUUUGAACACUUGUUGCAUAAUAUAUGAACUAUGACAACUAGCAUCAAUGCAUGUUCACGUGUGAUACAUCAUGCAUGUCAGAUCUUGAUUUAAUACAGCAUUUAUAGUAAAUCAUCAUUAAAAUCAUGACUUUCAUGACCACCCAUUUUAGUAUUUGUACUAAACAUAUUUUUUAUGCUGGUGCUCUAUUUAUAUAAUUUCUAUCUAGAUUGGGGUAGAAUUAUGUCCACACUGAUGACUGAUAGUUAUAGCUUAAGACUUUAUAAUUCACAUUAUAAUAUUUUAUAAUAAACAAGCAAGAAUAUUAACGUCAAUGCUAGCUUAGGCUUUUAAAAAUUUAAUAAAUAUUGAGGCCAGUUUCAGGUUAAAAGCACAGUCUGGCUUUGCCUAUAAGUACUCUGCCUUUGAUCGCAUGGUAGCUAAUAUAAAUUAGUUUGACCAAAUUCAGGUCUUGUUUAAAUCAAAAAGGCAGAAAACAUGUGGGCUAUACCUUAUAUAUACAUGAGAAAAUAUGCAAAAAUAAACAGCAAGAUACAGUAACUCCAAAUCCUGGCUAGAAAUAAAAGGUUAAAAACUAUAGAAGGGGCACUCCGUGACUCCGGCCUUUUUCUUUGUAGUUAAUCUAGCCUUGAAGUUUAAACACUUAGCAAUAUACAUGCUAUAAACUAAAUAUUAAAGUUAUAUUAUAUCUAGACAUAUGGACAUAUGAGUUCAAAAUCAAAUAAUGUGAAAUCAAAACGGUCCAAUGAAUCUCAGCGGUCAACUCAAAAACAGUUGUAAAAUAAAAUAUAACCAAUUAGAUAUGAAGUAAUUGUCUACUAACCUUCCUUUUAGGAGUCCAAAUACAACUUUCAUUCUCGUUUAGGUUCUGAAAUAACAUCUUUUUGGUGGAGAAACGGAAGCCAUUUUGUUGUUUUGUCGAAUCUUCUUGUUAAACAAAAAUUCGCAUUUCCAAACAUUUCAAGCUUUAAUCGUCGGAUAUCUUUCAGUCAAGGCAACAUACUCAACAUUUCCACCUUUUACUGUCCUUUCAUCGCUGAAAUAUUAUGUGGGGGGGGGGGAGAGUCCACUCUAUAUAUUUGAAGUAAUUGCUUUAAUUUCUCAACAGGCCCGUGUCGUCCCUUAUCAAGCAUGCAUGUUUGCAAAAAAGUUGGGAUAUUUCAGCGUAAAUGGUCAGGUGUCUAAAGUAACCCUUUACUACUGAAUAAAAGCUUUGAAGCUUGCUUUCGGUCAUUAUUAAUAAUAAACCCCGCUCAGUUUUCCCUCAUUCGUCACUGUUGAGUGUUGGGCAGUUUUAUCGGCAAGAUUCCGAGCUUAGGGAAUGGUCAUUAUUUAUGGGGAGAAGGAGGGGGGUUUGGGAAAUGGGGGGGAGCAGAAUAGGGGGGCCAAAAAAGUUUUAAAGCAGAGAAAGGGGGGGGUCAAAAAAGUGUUUGAACUUAAAUACCAUGUCUAGAGUUUUGAUUUCUAUAAUCACAAAUAGCAAAAAAGAAACCUCUGAAAAUACUAUUUCCAACGAUCUAGAGACUCACAAUUUUCAAAAUUUCCCUGCUCGACGCCAACCAUGGUAGCGCCUCGCGAUCGUGGGAGUCGCGCCCACUAAGUUUUAACAAGCUUCCUAGCCCAUGAGUGACCCAGUUGUGGUAGUUACAUAAACAUACCAUGCAAGUACACUUAACUGAUCAGAUUCGGUCUAUCAAAGCACAAUAUGUAAUGCUGUAUAUCCAAAAAUCUGUUUCAGAAAAUGCUCACAUUUUAGUUCUAGGGGGUGGAAAAAUACAAAAAAUACGUACAGUACAUACAAUACCACAGACCCUAAUAUCCCCAGACCCCCCUACUAGUACAUACGAUACCACACCAAACGUUUUGCCACCAACAACCAUCUAUCGUCUCUCAACACUCAAUAUAGUAUGGUCCCUUUUUGUAGAUGCCCACCCCCCAGACAAGUCAUUUCGUUGUAUGAAGGCGGGCCAUGGGUUAGGGUUAUGUUAUUACAAAUGUUGCAUUGCAAAGUAGUAACACAUAAUAUAUAUUUUUAUUCAUAUAUGAUUGAAUCAUAUUCACCAGGGUAAACAUCAUGAGCUAGAUUAAACAGAGUGUCCUAAUAUCUAACUUUACCUGCAACGCACACCUGUUUCAUUGCUGUUAAUUUUCCAAUCUACACUGGGGGGGGGGGGGUGUCAAAAAAGUUGUCAAUCCUUAUUUUCCACAUUUACAACCCUCCCCCCUCCCCAUAAAUAAUGACCACUCUCUUAGCACCGAAAGCCUUAUAGGAGAGAAUAUACUAAAGAAUAUAUAUACAACAUCAGAUGAACUAUUCUCCAAAGUAAAGUAACGAAGGAGUUAAUAUUUGUAACGUGUGUAUUUACACAAUGGAUUUACUCUGCGGGCAAAUUUGUUGUAAAUUUAGACAUAGAUUUGCCAUUGAAAUUUAAUAUGGCAGUAGCAUUAGUAAUUUCUUGCAAAGUCAAUAUACGCAAUGAAUUUGUUUCGCUUGCCAGUGUGUUGUAAACAUAGAUAUAAAUUUGCCAUUGCAAAUUUAUACUGCAAAAGCAUUAGUAAUUUCUUGCAAAGUCAAUAUACGCAAUGAAUUUGUUUCGCUUGGAAAUUUGUUGUAAAUUUAGAUAUAAAUUUGCCAUUGAAAAUUCAUAUUGCAAAGGCAUUAGCAAUUUCUUGCAAAGUAAAUAUACGCAAUGAACUUGUUUCGCUUGCAAAUUUGUUGUAAAUUUAGAUAUAAAUUUGCUAUUGAAAAUUCAUAUUGCAAAGGCAUUAGUAAUUUCUUGAAAAGUUAAGGAGAGUUAAAAUUUGUAAAAAAUACGCAACGGAUUUACUUCGCUAGCAAAUUUGAUGUAAAUUUAAAUAAACAUAUGCCACAGGGAAUUUCUUAUGGCAAAGUCAUUAGUAUUUUUUUGACAAAGUUAAUUUACGCAAUGAACUUAUUUCGCUGGCAAAUUUAUUGCAAAGUUACAAAUAAAUUUGCAAAUUGUGCAAAGCAGCUUGCAAAUUUUAAGUAAAUUUAGUAGUUGCAAAUCUAAAACACUUCAUACGCAAUGUUAUUGCAAAAUUAGUUAUUGAAUUUGCAACUAAUUUGCAAGUGUGCAAAUUUAUUGCAAAUCUGUUUUUUAGCCCCGUGUAUAGCAGAAAUCCCUUUGCAAAAGCAGCUCUCCCUUUUCAAAAACAGAAUUCCCUUUUCAAAUAGCGGAACUUUCUUUUCAAAUAGUAGAACUCCCUUUUCAUAUAGCGGAGCUCUCUGUUCAAAUAUCAUAACUUCCUCUUGAUAUAGAAGAACUCCCCUUCCAAAUAGCUGAACUUCCUUUUCAAAUAGCUGAAAUCCCUUAUCAAAAGCAGCUCUCCCUUCUCAAAAACACAACUCCCUUUUCAAAUAGAGGAGCUUUCUUUUCAAAUAGCAGAACUCCCUUUUCAAAUAGCAUAAUUCCCUUUACAAAAAGCAGCACUCCCUUCUCAAAAAGCAGAACUCCGUUUUCAAAUAGCUGAGGUUUCUUUUCAAAGACCAGAUCUUCCUUUUCAAAUACUAGAACUCCCUUUUCAAAUAGAAGAACUCCCUUUUCAGAGGGCAGAACUCCCUUUUCAGACGGCAUAACUUCAUUGUCAAAUAGCAGAACUCCCAUUUCAAACAGCAGAACUCCCUUUUCAAGUAGCGGAGAUUUCUGUUCAGAUAGUAAAACUUCCUUUUCAAAUAGUAGAACUUCUUUUUCAAGUAGCCGAACUCCCUUUUCAAAUAGCGAAGCAUUCCUUUCAAAUAGCAGAACUCUCUUUUCAAAUAGAAGAACAUCAUUUUCAAAUAGCAGGUCUCCCUUUUCAAAUAGCAGAACUCCCUUUUCAAAAGCAGAACUCACUUUUCAAAUAGCAGAACUCCCUUUUCAUAAGCGGAACUCCUUUUUGAAAUACCUGAGCUUACUUUUCAAACGCAGAACUUCUUUUUCAAAUAGCAGAACUCCCUUUUGAAAUAGCGGAGAUUUCUUUUCAAAGAGCAGAACUUCCUUUUCAGAGAGGUGAACCCACUUUUCAAAUAGCUGAACUCCCUUUGCAAGGAGCAGAACUCCUUUUUCAAAUAGCAGAAUUCCCUUUGCAAGGAGCAGAGCUACCUUUUCAAAUAGCAGAACUCUCUUUUCAAAUAGUGGAACUCCCUUUUCAAAUGCAGAUCUCCCUCUUCAAACAGCGGAGCUCUCUUUUCAAAUUGCACAACUUUCAUUUCAAAUGGCUGAACUCCCUUUUCAAAUUUCAGAACUUCCUUUUCAAAUUGCAGAACUCCCCUUUCAAAUAGCAGAACUCUCUUUUCAAAUAGAAGAACUUCCUUUCAAAUAGCAGAACUUCCUUUUCAAAUAGCAGAACUUCCUUUUCAAAAGUAGAACUCCCUUUUCAAAGAGCAAGACAGCCUUUUCAAAAUAGCAGAAUUCCAUUUUCAAAUUGAAGAACUCCCUUCUCAAAUAGGAGAACUCCCUUUUCAAAGGCAGAACUCCCUUUUCAAAGAACGGACCUUCCUUUUCAAAUAGCAGAACUUCCUGUUGAAAUAGCAGGACUACCUUUUCAAUUAGUCGAGCUUACCUUUCAAAUAGCAGAACUCCCUUUUCAAAGAGCAGGACUCCUUUUCAAAUAGCAGAAUUCCCUUUUCAAACAGCAGAGCUCCCUUUUCAAAUAGCGGAGCUUUCUUUUCCAAGACCAGAACUACCAUUUCAAAUAGAAGAACUUCCUUUUUAAAUGCAGAACUCCCUCUUCAAAUGGCGGAGAUUUCUUUUCAAAUAGCGGAGCUUUCUUUUCAAAUAGCAGAACUCCCUUUCAAAUAGCCGAACUCACUUUUCAAAUAGCAGAAUUCCCUUUUCAAAAGCAGAAGUCCCUCUUCAAAUAGCGUAGCUUUCUUUUGAAAUAGCGGAGCUUUCUUUUCAAAUAGCUGAACUCCUUUUCAAAUAACAGAACUCCCUUUUCCAGCAGCAGUACUCCGUUUUCAGAAGCAGCACUCCGUUUUCAAAAACACAACUCCCUUUUCAAAUGGUGCAAUUUCUUUUCAAAUAGCAGAACUCCCUUUUCAAACAGCAGGACUCGCCAUUCAUAUAGCGAAGCUUUCUUUUCAAAUAGCAGAUCUCCCUUUUCAAAAGCAGCACUCCACUUCGAAAAAACAGAACUCGCUUUUCAAAUAGCAGAACUCCCCUUUCAAAAGGAGCACUCCCUUUUCAAAAACAAAACUCGCUUUACAAAUAGCGGAACUUUCUUUUGAAAUAGUAGAAAUCCCUUUUCAAAUAGCGGAGCUCUCUGUUCAAAUAUCAUAACUUCCUUUUGAUAUAGCAGAACUCCCCUUCCAAAUAGCAGAACUCCGUUUUCAAAUAGCAGAAGUCCCUUUUCAAAAGCAGCUCUCCCUUUUCAAAAACAGAACUCCCUUUUCAAAUAGCGGAGCUUUCUUUUCAAAAAGCAGAAAUCCCUUUUCAAAUAGCAGAACUCCCUUUUAAAAUGGUAGAGCUUUCCUUUCAAAAGGCAGAACUCCCUUUUCAAAUAGCAGGACUGCCUCUUCAAAUUGCAGAACUCCCCUUUCAAAUAGUAGAACUCUCUUUUGAAAAGCAGAAGUCCCUUUUGAAAUAGCGGAGCUUUCUUUUCAAAUAACACAACUUCCUCUUCAAAUAGCAGAAUUUCCCUUCCAAAUAUCAGUACUUCCUUUUCAAAUAGCAGAACUCCCUUUCAAAAGCAACGCUUCCUUUUCAAAAACUGAAUCUCUUUUCAAAUAGCGCAAAUUUCUUAUCAAAUAGCAGAACUGCAUUUUCAAAUAGCGGAGCCUUCUUUUCAAAUAACGGAGCUCUCUUUUCCAGCAGCAGAACUCCCCUUUCAAAUAGCAGAACUUCCAUUUCAAGUAGCAGAACUCCCUUUUCAAAAGCAGAACUCCAUUUUCAAAUAGCGAAGCUUUCUUUUCAAAUAGUUGAUCUCGCUCUUCAAAAAGCAGCACUCCGCUUCGAAAAAGCAGAACUCGCUUUUCAAAUAGCAGAACUCCCGUUUCAAAAGCAGCACUCCCUUUUCAAAAACAGAACUCCGUUUUCAAAUAGCGGAACUCUCUUUUCAAAUGGUAGAACUCCCUUUUCAAAUAGCGGGGCUCUCUGUUCAAAUAUCAGAACUUCCUUACGAUAUAGCAGAACUCCCCUUCCAAAUAGCAGAACUCCCUUUUCAAAUAGCAGAAAUCCCUUUUCAAAAGCAGCUCUCCCUUUUCAAAAACAGAACUCCCUUUUCAAAUAGCGGAGCUUUCUUUUCAAAGAGCAGAAAUCGCUUUUCAAAUAGCAGAACUCCUUUUUCAAAUGGCGGAGCUUUCCUUUCAAAUGGCAGAACUCCCUUUUCAAAGAGCUGAACUCUUUCUUCAAAUUGCAGAACUCCCCUUUCAAAUUGCAGAACUACCUUUUCAAAUAGCAGAACUCCUAUUUCAAACGCAUAACUCCAUUUUCAAAUAGCGGAGCUUUUUUAGAAAUAGUAGAAGGUACUCAUCAAAUAGGUGAGCUUUCUUUUCAAAGAGCAGAAGAACCUUUUCAAAUAGCACAACUCCCUUUUCAAAUAGCCGAACUCCCUUAUCAAGAGCAGCACUCUCUUUUCAAAAACGGAACUCCGUUUUCAAAUAGCGGGGCUUACUUUUCAAAGAGCAGAAAUCCCUUUUCAAAUUACAGAACUCCCUUUUCACGAGCAGAACACCCUUUUCAAAUAGCGGAGCUUUCUUUUCAAAAGCAGGACUCUCCUUUUAAAUAGCAGAACUCCCUUUUCAAAUAGCGGAGCUUUCUUUUCAAAGAGCAUAACUUCCUUUUCAGCUGGCGGAACUCCCUUUUCAACUGGCAGAACUCCCUUUUCAAGGAGCCGAACGACCUUUUCAAAUUACAGAACUCUCUUUUCAAAUAGCAGAACUCCCUUUUCAAAAGUAGUGCUCCCUUUUCAAAUAGCAAAGCUUUCUUUUCGAAUAGCGGAGCUUUCUUUUUUCAAAUAGCAGAACUCCCUUUUCCAAUAGCAGAUCUCCCUUUUCAAGUAGCGUAACUCCCUUUUCAAAAGCAGAACUCCCUAUUCAAAUAGAGGGGAUUUAUUUUCAAAGCGGAGCUUUUUUUCAAAAGCCAAACUCCCUUUUCAAACUGCGGAAAUCCCCUUUCAAAUAGCAGAACUUCAUUUUCAAAUGGCGGAGAUUCCUUUUCAAAUAGCAUAUCUCCCUUUUCAAAUAGCUUAACAGUAGUAUAGGGAAAGGGGUGGCGAGACUUCUUUGCCCCGUCGAAAAUGGGGCAAAAUGACCUCGGAUUCCCCUUUCCCCCCUUACUUUUCGAUUUGGAUUUUUGAGAAGCAAGUCUAAUAAAAAGUGACUUGUGUAGGCUUUUUGAGGGCAUUUUUUCAAUUCCUUGAAAAAACGUGAUUUUGAUGGGAAACGUUGUUGUUUCACAUACUACGGCAGGUUUAACGAUCUUUUUCAUGUGUGAUUAAGUUGUGUAAUUUUAUAUAUGGUGAUUGUUGAUGAGAAACAGACUUAUGAUCUAAUAAUUUAUCAUUCAACCGAAUCGUCUAACCGAAUCAUCUCUAAUUCACCCACCACGUCAUCUUUCAGUGUCACAGUCAUAAUCCGAGCUCUUCAGGGAUAGGGCCUGUGUAAGCAUUAACCUCAGCCUCACAAGAGUCAGUUGGAUUCCUGCGUUUCACGUGAACGUCAGCAGAUCACUCCAGAGGAAAAUGUUUUGAUUUCAUUUUAAAAGUGAAUGUUUUUGGAGCCCAUGUCUGUGAGCUGAUAAUUCAUUAUUUAACCGAAUCAUCUCUAAUUCACCCACAACUCAUCUUUCAGUAUCACAGCUACAAUUCAAACUUUUCAAGGAGAGGGCCUGGGUAAGCAUUAACCUCACAAGAGUCAGUUGAAUUUCUGCGUUUCACGUGAACGUUAGCAGAUCACUCCAGAGUACAAUGUUUUGGUUUCAAGUAAAAAGUGAAUGUUUUUGGAGCCCAGGUCUGUGAGCUCAUAAUUCAUUAUUUAACCGAAUCAUCUCUAAUUCACCCACAACGUCACCUUUCAGUGUCACAGCUACAAUCCGAGCGUUUCAAGGAGAGGGCCUAUGUAAGCAUUAACCUCAGCCUCACAAGAGUCAGUUGGAUUCCUGCGUUUCACGAGGACAAUGUUUUGGUUUCAAGUUAAAAGUGAAUGUUUUUGGAGACCAGGCCUGUGAGCUCAUAAUUCAUUAUCUUACCGAAUCAUCUCUAAUUCACCCACAACGUCGUCUUUCUGUCUCACAGAAAUAAUCCGAGCUUUUCAAUGAGAGGGCCUGUGUAAGCAUUAACCUCAGCCUCACAAGAGUCAGUUGGAUUCCUGCGUUUCACGUGAACGUCAGCAGAUCACUCCAGAGGAAAAUGUUUUGAUUUCAUGUUAAAGUGAAUGUUUUUGGAGCCCAGGCCUGUGAGCUCAUAAUUCAUUAUUUAACCGAAUCAUCUCUAAUUCAUCCACAACUCAUCUUUCAGUAUCACAGCUACAAUCCGAGCUUUUCAAGGAGAGGGCCUGGGUAAGCAUUAACCUCACAAGAGUCAGUUGAAUUUCUGCGUUUCACGUGAGCGUUAGCAGAUCACUCCAGAAUACAAUGUUUUGGUUUCAAGUAAAAAGUGAAUGUGUUUGGAGACCAGGCCUGUGAGCUCAUAAUUCAUUUUUUAACCGAAUCAUCUCUAAUUCACCCACAACGUCAUCUUUCAGUGUCACAGUCAUAAUCCGAGCUUUUCAAGGAGAUCGCCUGUGUAAGCAUUAACCUCAGCCUCACAAGAGUCAGUUGGAUUUCUGCGUUUCACGUGAACGUCAGCAGAUCACUCCAGAGGACCAUGUUUUGAUUUCAUGUUAAAAGUGAAUGUUUUUGGAGCCCAGGUCUGUGAGCUCAUAAUUCAUUAUUUAACCGAAUCAUCUCUAAUUCACCCACAACGUCAUCUUUCAGUGUCACAGCUACAAUCAGAGCUUUUCAAGAAGAGGGCCUGGGUAAGCAUUAACCUCACAAGAGUCAUUUGAUUUUCUGCAUUUCACGUGAACGUUAGCAGAUCACUCCAGAGUACAAUGUUUUGCUUUCAAGUAAAAAGUGAAUGUGUUUGGAGACCAGGCCUGUGAGCUCAUAAUUCAUUAUUUAACCGAAUCAUCUCUAAUUCACCCACAACGUCACCUUUCAGUGUCACAGCUACAAUCCGAGCCUUUCAAGGGAAGGGCCUAUGUAAGCAUUAACCUCAGCCUCACAAGAGUCAGUUGGAUUCCUGCGUUUCACGAGGACAAUGUUUUGGUUUCAAGUUAAAAGUGAAUGUUUUUGGAGACCAGGCCUGUGAGCUCAUAAUUCAUUAUCUUACCGAAUCAUCUCUAAUUCACCCACAACGUCAUCUUUCAGUGUCACAGCUACAAUCCGAGCUUUUCAAGAGGAGGGCCUGGGUAAGCAUUAACCUCGCAAGAGUCAGUUGAAUUUCUGCGUUUCAAGUGAACGUUAGCAGAUCACUCCAGAGUACAAUGUUUUGGUUUCAAGUAAAAAGUGAAUGUGUUUGGAAACCAGGCCUGUGAGCUCAUAAUUCAUUAUUUAACCGAAUCGUCUCUAAUUGACCCACAACGUCACCUUUCAGUGUCACAGCUACAAUCCGAGCUUUUCAAGGAGAGGGCCUGUGUAAGCAUUAACCUCACAAGAGUCAGUGGAAUUUCUGCGUUUCACGUGAACGUUAGCAGAUCACUCCAGAGUACAAUGUUUUGGUUUCAAAUAAAAAGUGAAUGUUUUUGGAGAUCAGGCCUGUGAGCUCAUAACCCACUAUCUUACCGAAUCAUCUUUAAUUCACCCACAACGUCAUCUUUCAAUGUCACAGUCAUAAUCCGAGCUUUUCAAGGAGAGGGCUUGUUUAGGCAUUAACCUCGGUCUCUCAAGAGUUAGUUGGACUCCUGCGUUUCACGUGAACGUCAACAGAUCGCUCCAGAGGACAAUAUUUUGGUUUCAAGUUAAAAGUGAAUGUUUUUCGAGCCCAGGCCUGUGAGGUUAUAAUUCAUUAUUUAACCGAAUCAUCUCUAAUUCACGCACAACGUCAUCUUUCAGUGUCAUAGCUACAAUCCGAGCUUUUCAAUGAGAGGGCCUGUUUAAGCAUUAACCUCGGCCUCUCAAGAGUCAGUUGGACUCCUGCGCUUCACGUGAACGUCCGCAGAUCACUCCAGAGGACAAUAUUUUUGUUUUAAGUUAAAAGUGAAUGUUUUUGGAGCCCAGCCUGAGAGUUCAUAAUUCAUUAUCUUACCGAAUCAUCUCUAAUUCACCCACAACAUCAUCUUUCAGUGUCACAGUCGUAAUCCGAGCUUUUCAAGGGGAGGGCCUGUGUGAGUAUUACCCUCCGGCUCUGAAGAGUCAGUUGGACUCCUGCGUUUGACGUGAACGUCAGCAGAUCACUCAGGAGGGCAACGUUUUGCUUUCGGGUUAGAAGUGCAUGUUUCUGUAACCCGAACUUGUGAACACAGAACUCAUUACCCACCCGUGAGAUUCUUUUCACACACAAUGCUAACUUCUCCAACCUUUCAAAAUAGGUUUUUAACUUUAGCUUUUCCUUCCACCAGGCAGUGUAAUACGGGCAGUUGCGGGGAGUCCACCCCAGUUCAGGGAAAAUGUAACCAUACAGGAAAUCUUCUCUGGCUCUAACAACAUGUCCCAUCCUAGCGUCUGUCAUUACCGCUUCGAUCCCAAGCAUACUACACAGUCUCACCGCAAGGAACUUAUUCAUUAACCGCGUUUUACCGAAACCCUUUUUGUCAAUUACCGCAUACACAUCUAGAAAUGCCGCGAAAAGCCGCGUGUAAUCUUCCCCCUCAAAGUUACUCCUGAGUAAAGCCGCAAUGUCACUCUUCUUCCAGCUCUUCAUUUUUUAAUGCUAUAGGUAAUGUUUUAUUUUUUCGCCAAUAUUCCUCCCAAUAUUCAUUUCAAGGACGUCACCUAUUGUGAGCGACAACGUAGUCACAUGAAACACAAUGACCAAGAACAUCUUCUAUCCACUCUUCGUAGAAUUUACAACCAUCAGCUUUAAUAUCAAGACCUGGCAACACCAUACCGUACAACAGAUACUCAUGUCCUCGACUUACAAAGAAAGGCCAAAUAUCCUUGAGACGUACACUCCUUACUCCCAUAUCCAAGUGCGCUCCAUAUUCUCACAAAUAGGAACCUGUAUCUUGGUCCACCUUUUAUUCCCAGUCUACGUAUAAACUCAGUCACAUCAUACAACUUGUCGGUUGCACGCUCAACGUCACUGUUCACAACAUACCGCUCAACUAUUUUUCUAAGUGAACUUCUACUUUUGAUGGGAAGCUUCUUGAUACAUAAGUCGUAACCUUUUAUGAGAAUCUUAAACCUAUCAACAUUUAUUCUUAUCAUUGCGGGACAAUUCAUCUAACCUACAGUAAUAAAUAUUUAACACCAUCUCACAAGUCAUCUUACAAGCAAAUCCAGAUGCAUCUCACCAGUAAACCCCAGAUGUCUCAUAGUUGGAUGUCAGCUCCCACAGGUCAUCUCACAGAUCAUCUCAUAGAUCAUGUUACACGCAACCCCAGAUGCAUCUCGACAGUAAACCCAGUUGUCUCACAGUUAACUACCCGCACUCACAGGUCACCUCACCAGUAAACUCAAGACAUCUCACAAGUAUUUUCCAGUCAUCUCACCAGUUACCUUACAAACAAAUUUCAGUCAUCUCACAGACCAUCUUACAAGCAAAUUCAAGGUAUCUCACGAGUAAAAUCAAGGUGUCUCACCAGAUAUCUCACCAGCAAAUUUAGGAUAACUGGGCAGCAUUUUUUAGUCAUCUCACAAGCAAAUUUGAGGUACCUCACGAGUAAAAUCCAAGGUAUCUAUCGAGGUAAUUUCAAGUAGAAUCCAAGGUAUCUAUCAAGGUGAACCCAAGGUAAACUCAGGUAGAAUCAAGGUCAGAGCACAUUAUACUCCCCCAUUAGUUUUUACAACUUUUACGCCGUGUUCACCUCCCCAUCCACGUUUCACACUAGUUCCAUCCAAAUGUUCAUAGUUGACCGAUUUCUUCCAAUACAACAUAAACAGGCCACCACUGAGGAGAGCUAAUAUUAAAACCAAAUCUUCCAUCGCUAUAACACCACAUACUUUUGAAAACUUUACCACAAACCAAAGGGAGCCCACCAGAUGGGCCUCCUUUACAGUGAGUUAUCUGUAACCAAAUACCGGAAUCAGAAAGGGGCUCCACCCGAUUUAACCCUUCACCCUUACAUAUAUACAGAAGCUUGAAGAAAGCUGCUACAGACUAUGUAUGAAACGGAAACAAAGUAUCAUUAGGGGAGCUCACAGAGGGCCUCCGAUCCGAAUAUCACAAUUAAUUGUUGACUUAACACCCUCACAAAGCACACAAAUUCGCACAAUUUUAAUUUACAUUAAUUUUUUUUAAUUUUUAAUUUUCGCAAAUGCAAAAAAUAGGGGUUCGAGACCGUCCCACAUUUGUAAAAACUAAUUUUUCCUAUGCCCUAUCAUUCCCUGUAGGUCCUUUUGAAUCAUUACUUUUGUAAAGGCGGUUGUUUAUGGGUUUUAUUAUUGUCUUGUAUGUUGAUUCAAUUGAUUUUUUAUUGUGAUGAAACGCGAUCUGUGAAACAAAAUGUGAUUUGUGGGAUUUCUGGGUGGGUUAAAAUAUUGUUGUGUGUUUUGUGGGGGUGUUAAUCGGUCGGUAAAAUGCUUUUGUAAACAAUUAAUUGUGAUAUGCGGAGGCCCUCUGUGAGCUCCCCCAAAGAUACUUUGUUUCCGUUUCAUACAUAGUCUGUAGCAGCUUUCUUCAAGCUUCUGUAUAUAUGUAAGGGUGAAGGGUUAAAUCGGGUGGAGCCCCUUUCUGAUUCCAGUAUUUGAUUACAGAUGACUUACUGUAAAGGAGGCCCAUCUGGUGGGCUCCCUUUGGUUUGCGGUAAAGUUUUUAAAAAUAUGUGGUGUUAUAGAUGGAAGAUUUGGUUUUAAUAUUAACGCUCCUCAGUGGUGGCCUGUUUAUGUUGUAUCGGAAGAAAUUGGUCAACUAUGAACAUUUGGAUGGAAUUAGUGUGAAACGUAGAUGGGAAAGUGAACACGGAGUAAAAGUUGUAAAAAUUAAUGGGGGAGUAUAAUAUGCUCUGACCUUGAUUCUACUUGAGUUUACCUUGGGUUCACCUUGAUAGAUACAUUGGUUUCUACUUGAAAUUACCUUGAUAGAUACCUUGGAUUUUGCUGGUGAGGUACCUCAAAUUUUACUCUGAGAUGACUAAAAAAUGCUGCCCAGUUAUCUUGAAUUUGCUGGUGAGAUAUCUGGUGAGACACCUUGAUUUUACUCAUGAGAUACCUUGAAUUUGCUUGUAAGAUGGUCUGUGAGAUGACUGAAAUUUGUUUGUAAGGUAACUGGUGAGAUAACUGGAAAAUACUUGUGAGAUGUCUUGAGUUUACUGGUGAGGUGACCUGUGAGUGCGGGUAAUUAACUGUGAGACAACUGGGUUUACUGUCGAGAUGCAUCUGGGCUUGCUUGUAAGAUGAUCUAUGAAAUGAUCUGUGAGAUGACCUGUGGGAGCUGACAUCCAACCAUGAGACAUCUGGGGUUUACUGGUGAGAUGCAUCUGGAUUUGCUUGUAAGAUGACUUGUGAGAUGGUGUUAAAUAUUUAUUACUAUAGGUAAGAUGAAUUGUCCCCCUAUGAUAAGAAUAAAUGGUGAUAGGUUUAAGAUCCUCAUAAAAGGUUACGACUUAUGUAUCAAGACGCUUCCCAUCAAAAGUAGAAGUUCACUUAGAAAAAUAGUUGAGCGGUAUGUUCUGAACAGUGACGUUGAGCGUGCAACCGACAAGUUGUAUGAUGUGACUGAGUUUAUACGUAGACUGAGACUAAAAGGUAGACCAAGAUACAGGUUCCUAUUGGUGAGAAAAUGAAGCGCACUUGGAUAUGGGACUAAGGAGUGUCUCAAUGAUAUUUAGCCUUCCUUUGUAAGUCGAGGACAUGAGUAUCUAUUGUACGGUAUGGUGUUCCCAGGUCUUGACAUUAAAGCUGAUGGUUGUAAAUUCUACGAAGAGUGGAUAGAAGAUGUUCUUGAUCAGUGUGGUACUUGUAACUACGUUGUCGCUCACAAUAGGUGGCGUCCUUGGAGUGAAUUUUGGGAAGAAUAUUGGCGAAACCUUACCUAUAGCAUUAAAAAAUGAAGAGCUGGAAGAUGAGUGA